AUGCCAGGCGAUUGUGGAUCGACCUGUCCGGCCUCUGAUGGCUUCUACGCUUAUAGCCCGAGUGUAGGUGGUAACGCCGUGUUACUCACUGUCUUUGCUCUGCUUUCUCUUGCUGCACUAUACUUUGGAAUUCGAUCCAAGACCUACCUCUUCUCCCUCGUACUCACAACCGGACUCUUUCUCGAAGUGCUGGGAUUUAUUGGCCGAAUUCUGCUUCACUCAAAACGGGAUGAUCAGGGUCACUUUUUUCUCGUUAUGUUUGGAACAGUUCUGGGCCCAUCGCUAAUGAGCCUCGCCAUAUUCAUUGUCCUUCCUCACAUCCUUAGCAUAUAUGGAAGGCCAAUUUGUCCCUUUAGACCGCUAGUGGCUGGUCUGAUCUUCUGGGGACUCGCUGCUGUCACUAUUGUAUUCGAGCUUGUCGGCGUCAUUUUCACAGCGUACGAGACGAAGAGCUUUAGCCGAAAGCAGGGAGCAGCCAUCGCUGCCACAGGAUUAGCUAUACAAGCUUUAUCCUUGAUAGCAUGCACUGGGCUGCACUUUUGGUUCACCCUCACCUUAAGUACUCGACGAGGAAGUCUCGAUGCCCGCCAUUCACAAAUUUACUCGUCAUCGCAAUUCAAGAAAUUCCUUAUGGCAAUGGAGAUGGCAUCUGCUCUCCUGAUUGUCUAUUCCUUCUAUCGACUUGUCGAGUUUGCAGAUGGCGUGUCCGGAGAUGUGUUCCAGAACCAAGCUGCCUUUAUGGUUAUUGGAGGAGUGUUGCCCUUCUUGGCCGCAUCUCUCUUGACUGUUAUUCAUCCCGGGGAUGCCUUUGCUGAGGCCUGGGAUCCGACGUCACCUAAAAGUCUUAAACGCCAAAGCCGACCUGAUCCUGUGCAGUCUCCUAGCGGCCACCUUGUCCACCACUUAUACGAUCCCGACAUACGCAAACAAGUCUCACCGACCACCCCAAAACACCAACGGAAUUCCGGCGGACCGCCUGAGCUGCCCGAGGGCUCCAUGGGGCUACCUUCGCAUCCCAAGCCUGCACCAAAACCACCAAGCCCUCGACAACCUAGGGAACCCGGUGCCCCUCGCAAAGGACCACCCCUGCCUUUAAAUCUUUCGGCUGUUCGAGCAUCACGAAAUAGUUACAGAACCGAACAGAGGGGUAUAGUACCUAAGGAUAUGGUACCCGAUGGAGAAUUGUGGUGA